CCCCCUUCCUGGCGGCCCUCGCCGUCUGCGGCCCGCGCGCCGCUCAUGCCGUCGCCCCCGCAGGGCCCGCCCCGCGCGUUCGGGCCGGCGGGCGCGCGCCUGUACGGGGGUGACGGAGGGGCGAGGGGCGAGGGCACUGUCCCAGAGACCCGGGUUCUAAUCCAGGCCUUCCCACCGGAGCGAAUCUUGUGAUGGUGGAAACGUGGUGGCCCCUCUCUGGCCUUCAGUCUGUGUGCCUGUUCCAAGGGCAGUGGCACCUGCAGCCCGGGCUAUUAACUGCACGUCUGCUUUCCUCCCUCUGCCCUUCCUGACACCUUAGUCUGGUGGUCCCAGGCUCUGAUGAUAGAGGUGGUGCUUCUGUUGGUGGUGGUAGUUUAUUGAGUGCUUACUAUUACCACCCGACAACACUGCUAUACCCAUUUUACGGAGGUGGAAACUGGCCCAGAGAAACAAAGUCACUUGUUCAUUAGCGGCAGAGCUGGAGUCUAACACAGGGCCUGGCUCCAGUGCCCAGACCCAAGCCCCCCACUGCUCAAUGGACACCCCCAGCCCAGACCCGUUGCCUUCGCCUUUGCCCGGGGAGGAAGAAAAACCUCUGGCCUUACCUCCUCCUGUUCCCCGGGGCCGCCGAGGCAGGCGUCCCGCGGGGGCCACCUCCUCGAAUCGGACACUCAAGGCCACCCUCCCUCGCAAACGGGGCCGACCCCCCAAGUCAGGGCAGGAGCCCCCGCUGGCACAGGGGGUGACAGCCCCUGUGGGCAGCGGCGGUGGCAGCGAUCUCCUGUUGAUCGAUGAUCAGGGUGUGCCCUAUACAGUCUCUGAGGGGGCAGCAGCAGGUGUGCCUGAGGGCUCUGGCCCUAAGAAGGCCCCGCACUUCUGCCCGGUGUGCCUGCGGGCCUUCCCCUACCUCUCCGACCUGGAACGCCACAGCAUCUCGCACUCAGAGCUGAAGCCGCACGAGUGCAAGGAUUGCGGCAAGACCUUCAAGCGGUCCAGCCACCUGCGGCGGCACUGCAACAUCCAUGCCGGCCUUCGGCCCUUCCGCUGCCCACUCUGCCCUCGCCGCUUCCGCGAGGCGGGCGAGCUGGCCCACCACCACCGAGUCCACUCCGGGGAGCGCCCUUACCAGUGCCCUGUCUGCCGGCUGCGCUUCACGGAGGCCAACACGCUCCGGCGCCAUGCCAAACGCAAGCACCCCGAGGCCAUGGGGGUACCCCUGUGUUCCCCGGACCCAGGGCCUGAACCACCGUGGGACGACGAGGGCAAUCCGGCUACGGCGGGGGCCGAGGAGGAGGUGGAGGAGCCGGAGGGGAAAGAGCUGGCUUGACCCACACCCUGGCCCGCCGCUCCCCGGGUCAGGUUUCGAGCUGGGAUUUCAGCUGGUGCUGAGCCUGGGCAGGAAAGCUGGGACACCCUUAUACCCGGUGGUCUUCCCAUCGUGGGAGGGGGUCGAGGGUGAGGACCUGAACUCCUGGGUCCUGCCGCCUUCUGCCACCCUCCCCCGGACUGACAGGCCCCUGGGGGCAGGGGCCUUGGAAAUAAAUCUCUGCCUACUGGCUUCUGUGUGUA